AUGAUUUAUCAAGGAACGAUUUAUCCAGGAACGGAUGGCACCCGACCAUCCUUCCUCAACUGGCCAAGCAACAUCGACGAGACCGUCCCCUUCGGUAGCAGCCCAACUACUGUCAGCUGGACUGAGCCCAUUGGUGUAGCCAGCGUUGCGGCCUCACAGAGCUCUGGAUCUUUCUUUGUCGUGGGAUACACUAACGUGGCCUACACCGCCACAGAUGCAAGCAGCAACUUUGAAAGCUGCUCUUUCUCUGUCACCGUCACAGCAACGAUUUAUCCAGGAACGGAUGGCACCCGACCAUCCUUCCUCAACUGGCCAAGCAACAUCGACGAGACCGUCCCCUUCGGUAGCAGCCCAACUACCGUCAGCUGGACCGAGCCCAUUGGUGUAGCCAGCGUUGCGGCCUCACAGAGCUCUGGAUCUUUCUUUGUCGUGGGAUACACUAACGUGGCCUACACCGCCACAGACGCAAGCAGCAACUUCGAAAGCUGCUCUUUCUCUGUCACCGUCACAGAUAGACAACACAGCCCCAGUCACCUCCAAUUGCCCUGCAUCCCAGACUAUCACCUGGACCGAAACCCAUCUUUACCAAUAUCUUGGGUGUGGCCACCGUCACUAGCAACUUCAACUCCAGCUCCUCUUUCCCCACCAUCACUCACACCGCGACUGAUUUCCUCAGCAACGUUGGAUAAUGUUCCUUUAAAGGAACGAUUUAUCCAGGAACGGAUGGCACCCGACCAUCCUUCCUCAACUGGCCAAGCAACAUCGACGAGACCGUCCCCUUCGGUAGCAGCCCAACUACCGUCAGCUGGACCGAGCCCAUUGGUGUAGCCAGCAUUGCGGCCCCACAGAGCUCUGGAUCUUUCUUUGUCGUGGAAUACGCUAACAUGCCAAAAAUAUGAACGAUUUAUCCAGGAACGGAUGGCACCCGACCAUCCUUCCUCAACUGG